CGAAACUACGAUUGAGCCGCCUCUCGCAAUUCCUCGUUUUCCUCUCCAUCCGGAGGAAACAACCUCAAAAUUCCUGUGUUUUCACAAGCACCAAUAUUCCAAAUGUUGAAAGCAAACUUUACAUUCGAAAGUGCUUAACCACUACUCUCCCCUCUGCCUUCACCGCAUCCUCAAGUCACCCCUCAUACCGACUUUUCCUUAUCCAAUCGAACGUGAACGGGAAACAUCGGACAAUCGAAAUAAUCCUUCAUCUGCUCAACUGCUUCUUACCGGCAAGCAAGUUUGCUUAACUAGCAGACCUCCUACCUUGAAAGAAACAACAUAAAUACUCCGACCUUUUCACGAUGACCAGAAACAUCGUCAUACUGGGUGGCAACUCGCAUCCUCAGCUGGUCGAGACGAUUUGCAAUACUCUUGGCGUUGCUGCCUGUGAUCGAAUCCUCAAAAAGUUCUCGGUCGGUGAAAGUCGACUUGAGAUUCAAGACUCAGUCAGAGGAAAGGAUGUCUACAUCAUUCAGUCAGGUGGUGGGAAGGUCAACGACAACUUCAUCGACCUAUGCAUCAUGAUCUCCGCGUGCAAAACCGGCUCGGCAAAGCGAGUCACCGCAGUCCUACCGCUAUUUCCCUACUCGAGGCAGCCAGAUAUUCCUUAUAAUAAGGUUGGAGCGCCUCUAACCCGAAAUCCAACAGACGUUAACCGGACUGACUUUUCCUUCGAGAGUCGUCCAGCUACACCGAGCUUGUCUCAGCCACAGAGUCAAGGCUUGGCAAAUGGCAUCGGUAACUUGCACAAGAAGCUUGGAAAGUCGUCGUUAGAGGAUAACAUGUCGAAUGGUAUUACCCCGCCUAGGCGACAAGAUACGAGCGAUAGCAGCAAUGGAUCAGUCAGGGAAGAGAAGGGCGCUCAAACACCCCACUUUACGACUCACGACUACGAGAACAACGCAGUCAUCAACAACGCGGCAUUUUUCCAGCCAAAGCCUGGAUACAAGCAGUGGGUUGCUCAAGCGGGCACCCUUGUCGCGGAUCUGCUUACCUGCGCCGGAGCGGACCACAUCAUCACCAUGGACCUUCACGACCCGCAAUACCAAGGCUUCUUCGAUAUCCCCGUUGACAAUCUCUACGGCAAGCCGCUUCUCAAGAGAUAUAUCCAACAACAUAUUCCAAACUUCAAGGAUGCAGUCAUCGUCAGCCCAGACGCCGGCGGUGCAAAGCGAGCCACAGCAAUUGCCGACGGCUUGAACAUGGACUUCGCCCUGAUUCAUAAGGAACGUCGUCCGACUCGCAUCACUGACCGCCAAAACGCCACCAUGAUGCUUGUGGGAGAUGUCGCUGGCCGGGUCGCCAUUAUCAUCGAUGAUCUCGCUGAUACAUCCAACACCAUUACCCGCGCCGCCAAGCUUGUAAAGAGAGAGGGCGCUACCUACGUCUACGCUCUCCUCACACACGGAGUUUUCAGCGGCGACGCCAUCGCUCGCAUCAACGCGAGCGCCAUCGACAAAGUCAUCGUCACUAACAGUGUCCCACAAGAAGAGCACAAGCGCCUGUGCCCGAAACUCGAAGUACUGGAGAUUGGCGGCAUUUUCGCAGAGUCGAUCCGAAGGGUAUACCACGGCGAAUCCAUCAGCGUCCUUUUCCAGUACGACUAGAAUACAUGUAAUGGAAUUACACCAACCAAUCUUGGGAGAGGCCGUUUCUUUCAUGGCGUAUAUUUUUUCCUCGUUCUUGUGCUUCAUUGGAGUUGGGAAGGCGGGUUCGUUAAUCCCAUUCAUUUGACACCGUGCGUGGGUACACAGUACAGUUGGCAGUUGCCACAGGACAUGAUCGGUGCUUCGGCCGAAAAAAAACAAGCCCCGUUUACAUAUCUUUGCUAUACCCAAAAAAAAGACUCCGAAGUCCAAAGACGGGGGAGAAGAGCGCAGGAUAUAACGGGCAUCUGCGGCUCUGAUUUCUACCUACCAGCUUAAUUUUGUUCACACUAUGAAUGUCUUGACAUCGUAAUUGCACGCUUCCCAAGUGCUGGAUACGGGCGUGAGACAACUUGAGAGGGUAAAGAAGACGCCAAGAAAAAUAAAAGAUAGUUGAAGAAUAUGGUUGAACAUGGGGAAAAUUGAUGCGUGAUUUGUUGCAAUGUUAUUGUGAUUGUCAGCCCAACCUCCAGCUAAUAUGCAUGUGAUUUCCCGGCUCCUAUGACCGUUUACGCCGUCUGACCCUGAC